AUGGAGGACAGAGCCAGCCAGCAAGAGCAGGAGAGACCCAGCCCUCGUCUGGAAAAACUACAGCGCUGGACAAGGCACAGACAAAGUGGGCACCUCUUGGUGCUGGCGAUGAGCCAACUAUGGCUAGCAGUGGCUGUGGUGCCCAUUGCUGUCUCAGUUGCCUGUCUGAACUCUGCUUGUCACAUGGCCACAGCACUGCCACUUGGACCUGGAGCAUUGGGUUUCCUCAGUGGGAUCGUUACCCUUGAGCUGCGCAGAGCACCUCGCCUUUGGAAGGUGCAGGCCAUGAUGAUAUUAAACAUCUUCAGUCUGAUCUUUGGCCUCAUCGUGGUGGUGGUUGAGGUGAUGAAGACAGCCUUGGGGCCUGGUGCAACUGCCUCCUCCAAGCUGGACGGUUUCCUGGUGCUGGAGCUCAGCGCUGAGGCCUUCACCCUAGGAGGAGUGCUGGUCUCAGCACAUUCCCUAUUCCUGCUGACCCAGAGGAAGCCAGGAUGCUGCAGGAGACGGAGUCUGCACUACCAAGAGCUGCAGGAGGGUCCCUGUGAGUUGGAGGAAGUUACUGAUUUGGAGAAUGGUCCCACAGUGGCUAGCACAGCAAACCGAACAACUGAAUGA